AUGGAUCUAGCACCACUAGAUCAACAAUUGCCAAAGGAAGAAUUGCGGCAACAAUACGAGGUCAGAAAAAGAAUCGUUGAAAAAACAAAGCGCCUCGAACUAUGUAUUGGCAUUCUCGAAUCAACAAACAAGAAAUAG